AUGCUAAUGGAUGGAGAGGACGUGAUGAUGAUUUCUGUGGAGGAAACACCAGGCACUUCCAACGAUGAACCUCAUGAAACAUCGGUGUCACCUCGUCGGUCAAGCGAUUUACAUCGUUCGGAAGAUGAGUUUGGCAUGGAUCAACCAUCAACAUCCGAGCUAAAACUAACCAUGCAGCCUACACGCUAUCCUGAUGCAUACCUACAGGAGAUUUUGCUUUCGUCACCGGCUCAUCUAUUCUCCUGUGGACUUCUUCCACCAGAGCAUCUUACUGCGUCAUGGGAACAAUGGUUGUGCUACCUUGCUUCAUCACUUACACCACACCAAUGGCAGAGUUACUGGGCUGCACAUGCAGCAGUUUUUGGACUGGGAGCGCUGCCUGUUCAUCUGUGCUCGUUCUUUAACCGACCCAUGGUGCGGGACGAAGUUGUGGAUCGACGUCAUCUAGAGUACGUUCGGUACUACACUGAUCUAAGCGCAUACUGUUGGAAUUACUCACCCGCCAUGGGGAAUGCAGCCACAACGCAAUCGCAAAGUCGCAAAGACUAUUAUCAAGGAUCGACAGGCAUGGCCACCGUCUACUCGAACGGAAGAGCCGCGGCCGCCGCAUCGGAGAGGAGUGAGUGGUCGCCUGUCUGCAUGCUUCCUUAG